AUGCCCUCAGAAACGAUCGAAACCGCCAGAGAGACGCUCGUUAAUCCCUCCUCCACGGCGAGCACUUCUGCCGCCGCCCCCCCCCCACACACACACACGCGGUUGAGAAGUCCUCCUUUUUUACUUCUUCAAUCCACCCCCCUCUGCAUUUCUUUCUGUCGUCUCCUAUCCUCCCAUGUUCUAUUUUACUCUCCUUCCUCUCUUCCUCCCACCCACCGUCUUCCCUAUCCUCCUGCUACUACUCUACAAAAAAACACUUCUCCUGCUGCUUCUGCAUCGACGCUCUGUCCAACCUCUCUAUUUUCUACAUCCUCUUUUUCCUUCUCCUUCUACCCAAUUUCCUCCUCCUUUUCGGCUUCAGUUUGUCCUCCUUUCUCUGUCUUCCCGUCUUCCUCCAUUUUUCUUAUUCAUUCUACUCCCCAUCCUCUUUUCCACUUCCUUUUCUAUUCCACAAUAACAUUUUUUCUUGCUAUCCUCCUCCUGCCCUUUCAUAUCAUACUCUUACUUCUCCUUCUGUCUUUUACAUUCUUCUCUUCUUCUUUUUACUUUUUCUUCUCCGUGUUUUUUGUUUUGUUUUUUUGUUUGUUUUUUUUUUUUGUAUUUUCUUUUUUUGUUCUAUUCCAUUUAACACACACUUUUUUCUCCUUCUUACUAUUUCCAAUUUUUUUCGCCAUCCAUUUCCCUGAAGAUGAACUUAAAAACGUGUCCUUCGGAACUGCUAGAGUGCAUUUUCAUGCGAAAAUCAUUUCCACGUGCCUAAACUUUUACGGUCUUUCUUCUCUUCCACCUUGUCAUAAUUCCCUUUUCUCUUUCUCUCCUAUCUUCCAACCCUCUCUUUCUUCCUCCUCCACCUUUUUUUUCUCUUUCUUUUUAUUGAACCACCAUCUCUUCAUCCUCACCCCAACUAGAGAUUGUGAACGGCACGCAUACACAAUCAGCUCGCUAAAAUUAACCACGACAUUCUUUAAUGCACCUAUUGAUAAUCUUAUAAAAUCCAAGAUUUUUUUUUUCUUUUUGUUCUUUGCAUGUCUCUAA